AUGGCCGCGGCCGAGGCGCUGCAGUCGGCGGACCAGUACCAGGCCGAGAUCGAACGGCUGACCAGGGAGCUCACCGAGACGACGCACGAGAAGAUCCAGGCGGCCGAGUACGGGCUGGCGGUAUUGGAGGAGAAGCUGGCCCUGAAGCAGCAGUACGACGAGCUGGAAGCUGCCUACGACGGCCUCAAGCAGGAGCUGGAGCAGCUCCGAGAGGCAUUUGGACAUUCCUUCUCUAUCCACCGGAAGGUUGCUGAGGAUGGGGAGACGCGGGAGGAGACGCUGCUGCAGGAGUCAGCAUCCAAGGAGGCCUACUACCUGGGCAAGAUCCUGGAGAUGCAGAACGAACUCAAGCAGAGCCGAACUGUGGCCACUAACGUGCAGGCUGAGAAUGAGAGGCUCACGGCCGUCAUGCAGGACCUAAAGGAGAACAGCGAGAUGGUGGAGCUGCAGCGGGCGCGGAUGAAGGACGAGAUCCGGGAGUACAAGUUCCGGGAGGCCCGGCUCCUGCAGGACUACACGGAGCUAGAGGAAGAGAACAUCACGCUGCAGAAGCUCGUGUCCACGCUGAAGCAGAACCAGGUGGAGUACGAAGGCCUGAAGCACGAGAUCAAGCGCUUCGAGGAGGAGACGGUGCUGCUGAACAGCCAGCUGGAGGACGCCACGCGGCUGAAGGAGAUCGCGGAGCACCAGCUGGAGGAGGCGCUGGAGACGCUCAAGAACGAGCGGGAGCAGAAGAACAGCCUGCGCAAGGAGCUCUCGCAGUACAUCAGCCUCAGCGACAAUCACCUCAGCAUCGCUGUGGAUGGGCUCAAGUUCGCCGAGGACGGCGGCGAGCCCAACAACGACGACAAGAUGAACGGCCACAUCCACGGGCCUCUGGUGAAGCUGAACGGAGACUACCGGCCGCCUGCCCUGCGCAAAGGGGAGCCCCUGCACCCCGUCUCAGACCUGUUCAGCGAGCUGAACAUCUCCGAAAUACAGAAGCUCAAACAGCAGCUCACUCAGGUGGAGCGGGAAAAGGCCAUCCUUCUGGUCAACCUCCAGGAGUCCCAGACACAGCUGGAGCACACCAAGGGGGCCCUGACCGAGCAGCACGAGCGCGUGCACCGGCUGACGGAGCACGUCAACGCCAUGCGGGGUCUGCAGAGCAGCAAGGAGCUCAAGACUGAGCUGGACACUGAGAAGGGCCGGGGUUCCGGGGAGGAGGCCCAUGACUAUGAAGUGGACAUCAACGGCUUAGAGAUCCUGGAGUGCAAGUACAGGGUGGCAGUGACAGAAGUGAUUGAUUUGAAAGCAGAAAUUAAGGCUCUCAAGGAGAAAUACAAUAAAUCUAUAGAAAAUCAUACCGAGGAGAAGGCCAAGUAUGAGAGUAAGAUCCAAAUGUAUGACGAGCAGGUCACGAGCCUGGAGAAGACCAGCAAGGAGAGUGGUGAGAAGAUGGCCCACAUGGAGAAGGAGUUGCAGAAGAUGACCAGCAUAGCCAAUGAAAAUCACAAUACCCUUAACACAGCCCAGGACGAGUUAGUGACCUUCAGUGAAGAACUGGCCCAGCUUUACCACCAUGUGUGUCUGUGUAAUAACGAGACUCCCAACAGGGUCAUGCUGGACUACUACAGGCAAAGCAGAGUCACACGCAGUGGCAGCCUUAAAGGGCCUGAUGAUCCCAGGGGACUCUUGUCACCACGAUUAGCCAGGCGGGGUGUGUCAUCCCCAGUAGAAACAAGGACCUCAUCUGAACCUGUUUCAAAGGAAAACACAGAAACCAGCAAAGAACCAAGUCCAACCAAGACCCCCACCAUCUCUCCUGUCAUCACCGCCCCACCAUCUUCUCCCGUGUUGGAUACAAGUGACAUCCGCAAAGAGCCCAUGAACAUCUACAACCUCAAUGCCAUAAUCCGGGACCAAAUCAAGCAUCUGCAGAAGGCUGUGGACCGGUCUUUGCAACUGUCUCGCCAGCGAGCAGCGGCACGAGAGCUGGCCCCCAUGAUCGACAAAGACAAGGAGGCCUUAAUGGAAGAGAUCCUCAAGCUCAAGUCCCUGCUGAGCACCAAGCGGGAGCAGAUCGCCACGCUGCGGGCAGUGCUGAAAGCCAACAAGCAGACAGCUGAGGUGGCGCUGGCCAACCUCAAGAACAAGUAUGAAAAUGAAAAGGCGAUGGUGACGGAAACCAUGACCAAACUUCGGAAUGAACUGAAGGCUUUGAAAGAGGACGCUGCCACCUUCUCAUCCUUGAGAGCCAUGUUUGCCACAAGAUGCGAUGAAUAUGUCACCCAGUUGGAUGAGAUGCAGCGGCAGUUAGCAGCCGCGGAGGAUGAGAAGAAGACUCUAAACACUUUGUUGCGCAUGGCUAUCCAGCAAAAACUCGCCCUGACGCAGCGGCUGGAGGACUUAGAGUUUGACCAUGAGCAGUCCCGACGCAGCAAAGGCAAGCUUGGGAAGAGCAAGCUCGGCAGCCCUAAAGUAAGUGGGGAGGCAUCAGUCACCCUGCCCGCCAUAGACACUUACUUCCUGCGUAGUCAGGGCCCACAGACACCCAACAUUCGGGUCAGCAGUGGCACUCAGAGGAAAAGACAAUUUUCACCUCCCCUUUGUGAUCAGAGCCGUCCCAGGACACCAGGGGCUUCCUACCUACAGCAUUUAUUAAGAGUUCCCCCUGAUCCCACCUCCACAGAAUCAUUUCUUCCGAAGGGCCCCCCUUCCAUGAGUGAAUUCCUCCAAGGGCAGCGGCUCAGCAAGGAAAAAAGGUUAACCGUGGCUCCACCAGCAAAAAGAGAUUGUCAGCAGCCUGCUCCCUCCGUACCGCCACAGUGCUCACAAGUAGCUGGGAGGACAGACUGCCCGACGGUCAGUCCUGACGUAGCCCUCUCCGAGGAGCAGCCCCAGUGCAGCUCACAGUGUGCCCCUCUCCAAUGUCUCUCCAAGCCUCCUUACCCCUAGUCUUCACCUCCCAUGGAUGAGCGCCUGGGGUGGAAGCCUGGUGACCACGCUCCGACACCAUCCACUGUGCAGCUGGCACCUGCUUCUCCCGCGAUGGAUGUACGGUUGGAUUCUUGCCCAUCAUUGUUAUCCUGGAAGAUGAGAGAAGAUCAGGAUGAAGCACAGACCCUGAGUGACAAGACAUUUCAUGGCUUCUCUUCGUCACACAUAUACUUCUACAAAUGAAUCCAGUUCAGAUAAAUUACAAAAAAAAAAUACAAAAUUAACAGGAAGCUUGUAUGUCAGAUCGCUGACUUUACCUCCCUAGCAUCAGAGAGAACCAAGACCGUGUCACACGUGUGCUGUCAUGUCUCUUUUCCUCACACUCCACAUUCGCCUUUAGAAGUUGAUUCCACUAGUUCUUGUACUCUCUCAGCUGUACGUUUUAUGUCUAUAAAACAUUUCUGCAAGAGAUGAAUUUAACUCAUUUCUUUUCAGAAAGCCUGAUUGGCUCGAUUAUGUAUGAGUUUUAAUUUAAUUUGAACCUGGGAUUGGCUAGCUGGGGAAUCAUUCUUCUUGCACAAAAUGUUAAAUGAGGUGCAUCCGAAUGUUAACGAGACCUGUAUUUUGCUGCUAUGCUGAUGUUGUCUGUGUUCUUAUUUUCUAAUCAGUAGCUCAUUAACUGCUGUUGUUUUUAAACUAGAAUUAUUCAUUGGACAUUAUUAAGUAAACUAAGAAUGAGGCUGAGUUAUGAUUUA